AUGUCGACUGGUUUUUAUCUCAAAGAUCUGAAGGCCGUCGCCACCCGUUUGGCUGCGUUCUCUCCCAAACGCAUAAUUUACUCGUCGUCUGGUCGUCGUCCGGAAGGAUACAAACCUGUCCUCCUUUUUACCAAAGCUGAUGGAACUGCGGUUGAGGCUGAACCCGUUCCAUUUGACGAGCUACUCAGAGAGUCAGAUUUCCUGUGUGUGUGCGCAUCACUAGGUGAUGGAACGAAGGGCGUCUUCACGGAGGAGGUGUUCAACACAAUGAAGCCGGGAGCCGUUUUUAUAAAUACAGCACGUGGCUCGAUGGUGGACCAGGAGGCGCUGUACCGCGCACUGACGAAAGGCGUUGAGGCAGGCGGUCUCUUCGGUGCGGGUCUGGACGUCACCGUGCCCGAACCUCUGCCCACCGACUCCCCUUUGCUCAAACUUCCCAACUGCUUCAUCCUGUCACACGCUGGGAGCACCACUGAUGAUGCAUACACGUUAAGAAAGUCCAAAAUGAUUACGUCCACCUCCGCCUUUCAGAUGAAACACCUCAUCACGCUGCUCGUCUUGACGCUUAUUUGCUCGUGCACUUCAUCAGCCUCAUUGUGGCGUCAACGCCGCCUUCUCUUUCGACAGCCGGUCCGUCAAAGGCACCACGUCGGGCUGGACUUGUGCUCGGCCAGCCUGACUGAGAGCAUCCCCGAGGGUGUCAUCUACCCUCAGGGAUCACCCAAUCACAUUUCGACUUUCUUGGCCUGGUGCAUGCUACUCGACUUGGCGCGCGACAACGUCUCGAUCGCGUCUUUCUAUUGGUCGAUGCUGCGUGAAGAUGUCUACAAUUCAACCUCUGCAUACCAGGGCGAAUUUGUAUUCCGGAGUUUGUUGAAUGCGAGUGAAAAGCUUAACGUUAGCAUUGUAACCAGUGGUGCCAAUGUCACGGACAACGACUUGGACCAACUCAUCGCUGCAGGGGCUACUGUGAGUUAUUUGGAUGUUGCGAGGCUCCUCCAGUCCGGCGUACAGCACGCCAAACUCUGGUCGGUUGAUGAUAGACAUGGUUACCUCGGCAGCGCGAACAUGGACUGGCGCUCCCUAACUCAGGUGAAGGAGAUGGGAAUUGUGCUGUACGACUGCCCGGCGUUGGUGUCAGACUUGUCCAAAAUAAUUGGCGCUUUUAGGGUUGCAUCUGAACCGGACACCGUCCUUCCAAUCCACUGGAGUUCAAAGUUAAAAACUCGUUACAACCGAACCAACCCAAUGCGGCUCUUGCUGAAUGGAAUUCCUGCUAGCGUAUACUUGACGAUGUCGCCACCACCGUUUAAACCACCCGGUCGAGAAGAUGACCUUGAGGCUAUCUUGCAUGUGAUUGGUGAGGCCCGCUCCUUCAUCUAUGUCUCUGUGAUGGAAUUUGAAGCGGCCAUUCGAACGUACUCCGAGGCUCCGGAAAAACCAGAUCUGACCACGUCGAUCGAUUCAAGUCCACACCCUGAAACGAUUUCAUCUCUCCUCGCGCGUAGAUAUUGGCCCAUCUUAACCAACGCGCUGGUUCAAGCAUCCAUGGAGCACGGGGUUGAAGUGCGGAUCCUCGUGAGUCGUUGGCGACACACUUCACCGAAAAUGCACAAUUACAUGCGGUCCUUGCGAGCCCUGAAUGGCGUUAACAAUGCACAUCUCCGAAUCAGGUUCUUCGUUGUUCCUACGUCAACGCCAGAACAGGAGUCCAUUCCAUUCAGCCGUGUAAACCACAACAAAUACAUGGUCACUGAUCGGACCCUCUACAUUGGGACUUCCAAUUGGUCUGGAGACUACUUCCUCAACACUGGUGGUGCCGGCAUAGUCAUUAACUAUGAAGAUGACACAAUUGGAUCCAGCGGCGAGGCGACUCUACGACGUCAACUGCAAGACAUCUUCCAUCGUGACUGGAAUUCGGCGUACACGGACGAAUUAUAA